AUGACCUCUCAACUCAAAGAAUUUGUUUUAGGCGCCACAGCCGCAUCUGGUGCAUGCUUUUUCACGAAUCCUUUAGAGGUGGUAAAAACUCGUAUGCAGCUUCAAGGCGAGUUGAAAUCGCGCGGAACGUACUCCGUGUAUUACCGAAAUGUCUUCCAUGCUUCAUACACAAUCGCCAAAUACGAAGGCAUACUGGCCAUGCAGAAAGGACUAUUCCCGGCGCUCAUUUAUCAAGUCAUAAUGAACGGAACUAGACUCGGAUCGUAUCAAAUUAUCACUAAUUUUGGUUUGACCAAAGAUGCUGAUGGGAAACCUGUGUUUUACAAAUGCCUCAUUGCUGGUGCAAUGUCAGGUGGACUGGGUGCUACUUUGGGGAGUCCAUUCUACCUUUUAAAGACCCAGCUUCAAGCACAGUCCGCUCAGCAAAUAGCAGUAGGAUACCAACACCAACACAAAGGAUCUCUAAAGCCAUUAUGGGAUGUAUACACCAGGUUUGGGGUGAAAGGUCUUUAUCAGGGACUCAGUGCUGGAAUCACAAGAGUCAUGUUUGGCUCUGCUGCACAGUUGUCAACUUUUUCAACAACAAGGAACUUCAUUGCUAAUUCUGAAGUAUUUAAUACUGGUAGCUGGCUAAUCCCUACAUGUGCUAGCAUGAUAAGUAGCAUUGCUGUUGUAGUAUGCAUGACACCCUGGGAUGUUGUGGCAACCAGACUUUAUAAUCAAGGUACAAGCAGUUCAGGAGAAAAACUACUAUAUAGAGGCUUCUUUGAUUGCUUUCUUAAAAUAUUUAGAAAGGAGGGAGUUUUAGGAUUUUACAAAGGAGUAGGUCCACACUAUUUUAGAAUAGGUCCACAUACCGUGCUUAGCUUACUUUUUUGGGAUCAGCUAAAAUCUCUUUAUAAUAAAUAUCUAAGUAAAGAUGGUUGCAGUUUAUAAGUUAGCAGAUGAACUUCUUUCUCAUACUGUAUCAUCCUCAUGCACCGUAGAGGUCAGCAUAACAUGACGCGAGAAAGAAGCAGCGGGGGGGGGGGGGGGGGGGGGGGACGGGAGAGAAGAGAAAGGAAGGAAAAGACAUCUUGCUCUUUUCUCCCAACCCCUACCCCUUUCUCUCCACCAGCCUUGUUCUGCCUCCUUCUUGCGCCUGUGACAUUGAUACACUGGGUUUUUUAAUAGUAUUGCAGUGGUUCAUUGGUUCAUGCAACCAACUGUCUUUGCAUUUUCUGAUUAUUAAAUUUUUAAAUAAAAAGGAUUAGCCAUGGGACUAGGUACAGGCAAGUGAAAACCAAUCUUAGUAAUAUAAUUAUUUUUUCGUUUUAUUGUUUAACAAUUCAUUUUUAAAAAAGUGUAAAUUUGUAUUAAAGAUUCCAUGAAGUUCAGAUCCAUAUAAGAACAAGUUAUUCAACAGUUCAGCUUUUCUUUGAUUUGACCCAUCUAGUCAGUAGGCUGGUCAUGAUAUAUUUGCAUGCUGGCACGGUCCAAAUACCCCAAUUAGACACAUGUAUGUAUUUAAACAAGGAGCCCAAAGACACAAUUGAAUCUAAAUUCGGAGUUACA